CGUAUGCCGACUAAUAAAGCUGUGUUGAAUUUGUUCUUAUUUAGGCGCAUCGCAGCAUGCAAAUGCAGCUCACAUUGCACUGAUUCAAGUCGUGACGACAAUAUUCCUGGGUCACAAAAUCACGUGCAGUACAAUAACUCUAAAGGCUUUGCCUAUAGAAGUACUCUUCUGAAGGCAUUGUUGGCUUGGGGACAGCAAUGUUGGCGACCAUGUUAGGUUUCGGCAGACUUACACGCGACCUGACCAUCAGAUGAAAACACACUACAUAGCUCUUGCAUAAAAUUAGUUGAAAGGUAGCUGAUGUGCAAGGGGCGACCGUCGACUGGUUUGUGCCCCAUUCACUGCUCCUUGCGGAACGUUACGGUGACAGCCUGCUAUGGCAACUGAAGAAGUAGUCCUAAACUUGCAGCAACAACUAGAUACCAUAUUGCGGUCCUUAGGUCCUGAACAGGAACGUGACCUUCCUACCCACGACCGCGACAGCAGUGACAACAGCGUCAAGGAAGAUGACAUUUAUGGCGCCUAUGAGAUUCUGCUUAAACCUGUCGCGGAAACUGCGCGGCAGAGCGGCCACCGGAGCCCAAACCUUCCCGUGCAUCGCGGCGCAUAUGAAGCUGGUGCAGCAGCAGUCUGCGAGGCCACCGUCGCUGCAGCAACAGCAACUAAGGAAAGGACAGAAGGGGGCCCAGCAUUAGCACCCUCUGCCGCCUGUAAGCCGCAAGGCAGCUGCGUCAGCAGCAUGGCCGAGGGCUACGACCAACUCCUCAGCGGCGUCUGCCUUCAACAACAGACAGCUUCGCUGGCAGCGGCCAUGUCCCACGGCCGCCAUGAGGAGAAAGCAGCUGCUGAUGACCCUGAGGAAGGCGGAGAAGGAGCAGCUGCUGCAAGCCCACGUGCAGGCGUGCUAGCGGUGGGUGGAAUGCAGCGAGCGGGUUCCCUCCGACAGGGGCCGGCUGCUGCUGGGGGAGGUGGUCUGGGCAGUUGCCGCAGCAACGGUAGGCAGCACCGCAACGCCAGCGGCGAUGGCGGCGGGGCCGCCGGCGGCGCUGCUGACAGCGGGGAUGACGAGCCCUGUGUCGCCCGCUACGACCGAGACACCACGCUGGUGUACUACCAAUACAAGAGACGCAUGCACGGCAGCAGCGCCAUCCGCCGCUUCUUCCCAGUGCAGUCGGAGGCCGCUAUCACCACUGGCAAGCAUCAAACCAUUACUCUGUCGGCCAAGGAUGCCAGCGGGCGACUGCAUCCACAGCCCUUCGCUGCCACCAUCAGCGCUGAUGGCAGGUCGGGGACCUCCCUGCGCCUGGUCAAGCACAUGGAUCUUACGCGGUUCCUGGGCUUGACCAAGGACGAGGUACUUCGGCUGAGGAGCCUGUCAGACGGCCGCGUUCUCAUUGAAAAAGACGUACGCACGUCUGGUGUGGCAGUCUAUAAGCUCCCGAACACAACCUUCACAAACGAUCGGGUAAACGUGCCGCGUUCGGUUUUGCGGAAAUUGCUGGGGCAGGAGGCAGAGACCCGCGGGUCGGCGGAGGGCUUCCCCGUGCAGCUGGCGGCCGGGGAGGGUGUGGAGGGGCAGGUGGAGGAUGUGUUGGGAGCCAGGCUAUGCAUGGUGAAGGCCAAGACGAUGCAUGAGUGGCGGAUCCGGGGCCUCAUGCCCUGGAUGAGGGCGAGGGGCGCGAAGUUUGGGGAUCGGAUGUCUCUGUCGAUUAAGCCUGUGGUGGGCGAGGCGCGAAAGGCUGGAGCUGCUUCCGGUGGUGGUGGUGCUGCUGCUGCAGCGGCAAGGGCGGCGAUUCCCCGCGGCCCCAUCACAUUCUUGGUGGGUCUGCUUCAGUCGGACGGGAAGGACGCGGCCGGAGACAUUGCUGAGGAGCCUGAAGGGCAGGCGGCAGCGGCAGCAGGGACGGCAGCGGCAGCAGGGACGGCAGCAGCAGCGACCGGGCCCCCUAACGCCAGCCCGACAGAUGUAGCAGCCUGCCCUGCGGUAGCCGCGGAGGCUUCAAAGGAGCAGCUGCGACGGGGGCGGCAGCGGCGGCGGCGGACCUCCGCGGUCUCGGCGGGGUUGACGACGGGUGCUGCGAAACGGCGGGGCAGCGACUUUCGGCAGCUCGCAGCGGUGCCCGCCAAGCCUGCUGGCGGUGGCGGCGACGUCAACGGAGGUGCGGACAGUGGUGGUGGCGGUGCUGAGCAGCCAGGCGGAGUCGACGGGGCACCCUGGGCCGGCGGUGUGGGUAUGGAUGCAGCAGCCGCGGAGGCGGCAGAUAGGGACGCAGGGUGGCUGGAGGAGCAGGUGCCGCCACAGGACGCGGCGCCGGCGGAGGAGCAGGACGCGCCGGCGCCGGAUGAUGCGGCGGGGUAUGGUGACUGGGAUCUGGACGGGGUUAGAAGCCAUUGGGAGCGGGAGGAGAGCGGAUGGGAGAGGGGCCGCAGCAGGAGCCGAGGUCCGGAGGACUCACGCCACCGCCGUCGACACAGCCGCAGCGGCAGUCGCAGCCGCCACCGCAGCCGUCGUGAGGGCAGCCGGAGCCGCAGCCGCCAGCGGCACCGCCGCCGCCGCCACCGCAGCAAGCGGCGGCGCAGUCGCAGCCCCAGGCGCCGCGAGGGCAGCCACCGGCACGGCAAGCGCCAACGCCGCCGCGACAGCAGCCGCAGCCCUAGCGGCAGCGGAGGUGAAGGCAGCGGCGGCGGUUAAAGCGGCGGCGGCGCCGGAGGAAGCCAGAGCGGAUGCGAUAACAACGCUACGGCACACACAGUCAGUCGGCGCCACGGUGGCAGCAGCAGUCUCAGCCGGGAACCGGGCUACGGUCACCGCAGCCGCCAUCGCCGCUAGCAAGGCUGGGAGCUGCGACCAUGGGGUCACUUUUGGGAGGCUGUUGUGGUGUUAAAUGGCGCCCAUAGCGCACAGGGACAGACCGAACUGUACGUGAGCAGGCGCAUACUGCAUAGGUAUGCGCGAACAUAAACAGACAUGACAGGACAUGGCAGAGCGAAAGAUGGGUUCGGAGUCGCGUCAAGGUCCUCAAGGAUGGUGUUGCAUGUUUGCAUUGCUGGAGGUGCUCGGGUUUUGCUCGGACGGGAGUGAGGCGGGAUUGCGGGCAGGUCAGUGAGCUCGCUUGUUGUGUGAAAACUGGCACGGCCGCACUUCUGAACGUGGCAUGUGCCAGGCCAACGCCGACCGCUGGUUUGUUAAGAAAACUGGCCCUAAUUUGUAUUUGCACGUGUCGUAGUGUACGCCCACACAUUUAUGCGCAUAUGCAUAUGCCUAUGCAUGCAUAGCCGAACGGUUGUAGUGGGAAUUGUACACUCUAGGGCAUGGUUUGCGGGUUGGAGGAAGAGAACCGCGUAAUGACAUACAUGUUUAACAAUAGUAAUUCAUGAUGAGAAGUAUUCCGUUUGGGGGCUAUGCGUGCAAUCGUUAUCCCCCUAGGUAAGGUUGCCCUGGCCUUUUGUUCCCGCGCUUCAUAAUCUUGACAUUCAGGAUGGAUCCCGCGCGACCUGUUGAGGCGAGCGGCAGCCGUUGCGCGCCGAAUGCGAGCGUACUGUUACACUGCCACGUCUGAACGUGUGACGGACCCGGCGGGUCGCAACGGUGGUUGACGAUGCAAGAGAUACCAUCGCGAAACUUGUGGGUUGGUUUGCAAUCCAUUUAUAGUACGUCUGCUGUUUUUUAACCUAUGUUAAUAUAAGUAAGGUUCUCGGCUGCGUUUACCUUUAUUGAGAGGGAGCCCAUUGCCCGGAUUGCCUGUAGGUUGUUGCACUCCGAUAGCAUAUACGGAAC